GAGUAAAGCAUAGACAGCAAGGAAAGAAUAUAUGUUGAUGGUAAAUUCAAAGGAACUAUCGUGAAUAGCGCCACUUAGAAAGUUCCUCGUUAAUCGUGUCAAUUGUGAUAUCUUGCGUAUUUAUUUAUUACAAACAUGUCGAAAUAUAAGAUUGUUAUGGUUCGCCAUGGUGAGAGCGAAUGGAAUAAAUUAAAUCUAUUUUGUGGAUGGUACGAUGCUAAUUUAUCCGAGAAAGGUAAAAGCGAAGCUGUAUCAGCUGGAAAAGCUAUUAAAGCUGAAGGUCUUUGUUUUGAUGUUGCUCAUACAUCUGUUUUGACAAGAGCUCAAGAAACUUUGAAAGCUAUUUUGAAAGAAAUCAAUCAGGAAAAUAUUCCUACUUUUAAAACGUGGCGAUUGAAUGAACGUCAUUAUGGUGGUCUCACUGGUAUGAAUAAAGCAGAAACAGCAGCAAAAUAUGGAGAGGAACAAGUACAAAUCUGGAGAAGGUCUUUUGAUGUACCACCUCCUCCUAUGGAAUCUGAUCAUAAGUAUUAUGAAACAAUAACUAAGGAUCCUAGAUAUGCUAAUGGGCCCAAGCCCGAGGAAUUUCCUAAAUUCGAAUCUUUGAAACUAACUAUAGAAAGGACUCUGCCUUAUUGGAACGAUGUUAUCAUACCACAGUUGAAAGAAGGAAAAAGAAUCAUUAUAGCUGCACAUGGAAAUAGCUUGCGAGGAAUAGUGAAGCAUCUUGACGAAAUGACAAAUGAUCAAAUCAUGACUUUAAAUCUACCUACUGGUAUUCCUUUCAUAUACGAAUUGGAUGAGAAUUUCAAACCAGUUAUUUCUAUGAAAUUCUUGGGUGAUGAAGAAACUGUUAAAGCAGCAAUAGCCUCAGUUGCUGCACAAGGAAAAGCAAAAUGAAGUAUUGAAGAGAAUCGAAUUCUCAAAUAUUAAUUUUCAGUUAAACAUUGUAUCAAAAUUAAGAUUUCAAAUGAUUCAAAGUAUUGAUUAAACAAAAUAUAAGUAGAUGAAGAAACUAAGAAAUUAGAAAUAAGAACACUAAAA